AUUUCCAGUGACGCAAGUUUCCCGCCACUGUGAACUCAGGCUGAGCUGCUGUGCUCUUGGUAUUGAUUAAGUAGUUGAAUAAUCAUUAUUAAUAUUAUCCGUACUUUUUGUUUUUAAAUAGACCCUCCAAAGGGUUUUACCCGUAAACAAUGCCUUCAUCAAACGAUUGGAUAAACAACCCACUGGGCGUUGUUGAAGAGAUGUUUGUCCAGAGCAACUCAAACCCAGAAUGGGAAGCCAAAGUGUUGGAAUAUUUCAAAGGGAAGUUGAAAGAAAAGCAGGCUUAUAGCUGGAUUCCAUCAUUAAAUGAUGUGCCUUUGCAUUAUUUGAAGCCCAACAGCCUUGUGAAAUUUCGUUGUUUGGUCCAAGACAUGUUUGAUCCGGAGUUCUACAUGGGAGUCUAUGAGACCAUCGACCCCUCAACAAAAGCCAAAGUUUUGAGGUUUGGGAAGUACAAAGACGUCACAGAAUGUGGGGUGGAUUUAAACUCUCGAAACACAGUGACUGCUGAGAGACAGACCUUCUACUGUGUCCCUAUUCCAGGAGAGACCCUUUGGGCCAAAGAGACCUACGCACGUUCUAGUCAAGCCAGAGUCGUCCCGUCCACCUCCUACAUCCCGAGCAGGCAGAAACGCAGCUACGAAGAGGACGACGAAAUGGACACGCAACCCCAGAAGCAGAGGGAACCCCACACAGAGCUCCACGCCAACGGGGACUCCAAGCGGCAGGAGACGGAAGCCCCUUCCGGCCAGACGACCUCACCAUCCAACGCUUCCUCCCCCCUUGACCUUAACUUUCCCCUGCCAGGGGAGCGUGGACCAGCCUGUCUGGUGAAGGUGUAUGAGGACCUUGACAGCUUCAAGCUAAACGAUAUGCUGGAGGUCUAUGGGAUUCUGUCCGUCAACCCGCUCCUGAGUGUCCUGUGUGAAGAAAAAGACCCCUCAGCGUCUCUACUGGACCCCACAGAGAGCAUGGAGACCCCGGAGGAGCAGCGAGCCCACGAUCCUCCUGCUUCACUGGUGCCCCGCCUCCACAUGCUCCACGCCCGCCCACUCCAACACAACAACCCUUUACUGCCUUCUGAUAGGGCGGAGGACCAACACGCCUUCGUCUCAUCUUUCAUGGUUGAAAUGGCGUCCGUGAGGGCCGAGUUUCUUGCUUACCUUACUCACAUUCUUCUGGGAGACGGACUGGCUGCCGAGUACCUCCUACUGCAUCUCAUCUCCAGUGUGUAUGCCAGACGGGACGUCUUGCCUCUUGGUAAAUUCACCCUCAACCUGAGCGGAUGCCCGCCCAACUCCUCAUUCACAGAGAGCCUCCAUCAGGUCAUCCAGGAGCUGGUGCCUUGCACUUACCGUCUCAGCAUGACCCUCCACAACAUGAACAGCCUGCGCCUGGUGCCCAGGAAGGACUACGUGGCCAACCGGCUGGUGAGUGGAGCCCUGCAGCUGGCCAGGAACACCUCCCUGGUCCUGGAUGAGACACGGCUGGAGCAGGGUCAACUGGAUGCCUCAGGUGUGCAGAACAUCACGGCCCUGGGGAACUUGAUCUCCUGGCAGAAGGUUGAUUAUGACUUUAACUACCAUCAGAUGGAGUUCCCCUGCAAUAUUAACGUAUUCGUCACGUCAGAGGGCCGAUCGCUGCUACCGUCGGACUGCCAAGUGCCACUCCAGCCCCAGGUGACCCCACCAAACCUGGAGGAGUAUCUCUCUACUGUCCACAAGGCACAGCUGACAUCGCAGAUAAACAAAUUCCGUGUCUACCUGAGCGUGGCCCAAACCCUUGACUACAGCAUCUCAGACGAGGUCACCAAGGCAGUGGAAGAUGAUUUUGUCGACAUGCGCAAAGACGACCCCCAAAGUGUCAGCGCAGAGGACUUGCAUAGGAUGCUUGUCGUAGCGAGGUUGCUGUCGUUAAGUCUGGGACAGACAAGCCUUUCCCGGGAAGGAUGGAUGCGUGCCAAACACAUAGACAUGCUCCGCAGGACUAGGAGCCAACCACAAACGACCGUUAAUGGCAAUGAGCCAUAAUCGCCAACGCACACCCAGUGGGGAAACAAUGUUAUGUGGAACAAAUAGUUCUUUGAUUUUGUUACCAGCAGAGCACAUUCUUUGAAAGUUCAAUUUAAUAAAACAUUUUCAUGUAUAAAAUGGGUGUCUUAAUGACACUAGCAUUGGUUUUCCUUUGUAAAGAUUAACAUUUUAUCAAUAUUCCUUUUUGCAGUUUCUAAGAAUAUAUUAAUGUUGGCAACAUUUUAACUGCCGGUUGAAUUGUAUUGAGAUGUUCAGUGCUUUGUUUGAUACUGCCUUAAACUUUGAGGAUUCUGUCCUAGAAACUAAUGCUAAAUAUUAGUAAAGCCAAAUACUUUACACCAAUGUACAUCAACAUUUGGAUCUGGUAUUUACAUUUUAUUCAACUGUAUAUUAAAUAUUAUCAUGAUUUGA